AUGCUAUCUAGCAAAGGGUUCCUUGUCGCCAGUAUUGCUGCAUUUGCUCUGACGGCUCUCUACCUUUUGGGGACAAUUGUUUACAAUGUCUUCUUGCAUCCGCUGCGAAAAUUCCCGGGUCCUCUAUUCAUGAGGGCUACACGAUUGCCCUUGGCCUACAAAGUUAUCACCGGCACCCUGCCUUUCGAAAUGCUCGAUCUGCACAACCAGUACGGUGAUGUCGUUCGAGUCGCACCUAACGAGCUGGCGUUUCUCGACGAAAAGGCCUGGAAAGAUAUCAUGGGACACCGCACUCAAGGCCGUCCGGAAUUCAUCAAGCCUCGCUUCUUCUACAACCCUACAAAUGCAGCUUCCAACAUCAUCAACGCAGUCGGGCCAGAGCACGCCAUGCUUAGAAGGCAAUUAGCGACUGGCUUCAGCGAGAAGAGCUUGCGAUGCCAGCAGCCCAUCAUCAUGAGGUACGUAGACCUGUUAAUUUUGCGAUUGCAUGAGCGCUGCAAGUUCGGUGACGUGGACUUGGCUUCCUGGUACAACUUUACCACCUUUGACAUUAUUGGAGACUUGGCUUUUGGAGAACCUUUCGGAUGCCUUGAGAAAUCCGAGUACAAUCCAUGGGUGCGAAACAUAUUUUCCGUGAUCAAAGUGGCCACUAUGGUUCAGCAAGCCACUUGCUUUCCGUGGUUGCGUGCCCUCCUUGUCCGCAUUUUAACGUCCCCGGCGGCUCGAUCGCGGCAAGACGCGCACAGGGAAAUGACAAGGCAGAAAGUCUUGAGGAGGAUUGAAAUUGGCAAAGACGAGGAGCGGCCUGAUCUCAUCGAAGGCCUUUUAAAGAAGAAGGACGAAUGGAGCAUGCCGGUCGCGAAUAUUGAGAGAAACGCCAGUGUACUCAUCGUGGCAGGGUCGGAAUCAACGGCUACAGCUCUGUCAGGCAUCACGUAUCUUCUAGCGAAGAACCCUAAAUCGUUGGACCGCCUCGCUCAAGAGAUUCGCUCGAGCUUUGAUUGUGAGGAAGAUAUCGACUUUAUCUCGGUCAAUAGAUUGACUUAUCUCAUGGCCUGUAUCGAAGAAGGUCUGAGGAUAUACCCUCCCGCGCCUGUGGGAACUCCUCGAGUAACUCCAAAAACCGGCGCUACCGUAUCCAGACACUUUGUCCCACAGGACACGACCGUGGCGAUCCAUCAUUGGGCGGUAUACCACAGUGGGAAAAACUUUACGAAGCCCUUUGAGUUUCAUCCAGAGCGUUUCUUAGGAGAUCCCGAGUUUGAGUCCGAUCAUCGUGAAGCUCUACAGCCUUUCCACACUGGGCCGAGAGGAUGCUUAGGGAGAAACCUGGCGUAUGUCGAAAUGAAGGUCAUUCUAUGCCGUAUGAUCUGGAACUUUGACAUGACUCUAGCUCCAGAAUGCAAUCAGUGGAUGGAAAGCCAAAAGAUCUACAAUCUAUGGGAAAAGGGGCCCUUGAUGUUGAGAUUGAAAUCUAUUGUAUCUACCUAA